UCGACCUGCAUUAAUCGCUUCGAUCAUGAUGAUUAGUGAUCGCCACAAAACUAACAAUUUGGUUACAUUAUUUUGCUGUCUCUGCUGCUGUCUGCUGGUGGGCCAGGCUAAUGGGAAUGGGACAACGACAUCGACAGCGGCCACGGCGACGUCGUCGACGGUGAUCACGACGAAGACAAAUGCCAAUCAGGAUGAAGUGAAUGGCUUGGCACUAACGCCCGAUGUGACAACAGCACCUCGUCUGGAUCCCAACAACAACAACGAAUGGCGACCACUGGGCCAUGGUGAUCCAUUGCAGAAAGAUCCCACCUAUGACUACAGCCCGCCAGCAUUGGAGAGAGUACGUUAUUGGGCGGAGAAUAAUGGCAGCGGUCAGAGUAAUCCAGAGGCAAGGAAAAAGGAAUUGCCACCAGAGGUUUUGCGUAAUAAAACGAAAAGCGAGAUAUUGCUCUUGGGUGUGGCCAGUGAGAGGGAAAGGGCUACUAGAACGGGACAACACCAACAUCAACACCAACAUCAACAACAACAACAGCAGCAAAAUCAACAGCAACAUCAACAACAUUAUCAGCAGCGUCAUGGCAGUUAUUCCAAUCCAAUGCAGCAGUCCAAAUAUCCACCCAUUAGAAGAAGUUAUUAUGCUCCACAGCAACAGCAACAUCAGCAGCAAAUGCAACUUCAACAUCAACAGCAGCAACAACAACAACAGCAACAAUAUAUGCCUCAUACCCAUUUAAUGCCACCACCACCCAUGGCCAUGAUGAUGAAGGGAAUGGAAUAUCGCACUGGUUCGGCUUCACCAUCACCUUACCACAUAAGUAUGAGUCACAUAAGUUCUUCAUCUAAGCAACCAAUGUCUUCGACUUCGACAGCAACACAUCAUUAUUAUUCAAGUCCUUCAACCUCCAAUUGGAUGACACCGCAUCGUAUGACAUACUCCCCGGACGCAUAUAAUCAGGAAUCUAUGCAACAUUUCAGUUAUUCCCGUCCACAGACCAAUUCGGUUAGUUAUUCACCCAAUUCACUGCAGACCCAUCACUCAAAGCCAGUGAGUAGUGUGCAUCGAAAACCUUGGCUACAUGAACUUUUGCAAAAGGAGUUAGUUAAACCAAAAGUAAAACCAACUAUGCCAGCUACUAAAUAUCUAAUGGGAACCACUAAACCAUUUACCAUGGCAUACACUCCAGUUAGCUUUGUGCCAGGACCACCGACAAUUGCUGGUCCCACGGUGGUUAGUCCAAGUGAAAAUCAAGUUAGCUCUGAGUUUCGACCCGUGAUGUUGUCGACAAUGAUAACUGCUACACCCACGACGACAACAACAACAACAACGACAUCAACAACUCCUAUGCCCAUAUAUCAACGUCCGACAACUGUCCCUAACAGCAUGGCUACUGCAAGUUACACUGGUUACACUGGCACUCGUCUUUUAAUACCACAAACCUCGAAUCUAGCUCAACGCCCCACCGUUGCCACUGCUUUCGAUAGUGACGCAGCUAGCCAAACCACCGAUUCCUUAUUCUCACAUUAUAAGCAGCCACAAAAGGCUGUACUUGGUCCUGCAUAUUUGAUUAUUGAAGGACAUUCCAAGGUUAAGACCUAUGGCCAAAAUGAAUUGGAUCCACAUAGUCCAAAAAUUGUUCCAGUCAUAUCGAAACGUGAACCGGUUGUACGACGAGCCGAUCCCAAUGAACCGAAACGCGGAACUGUCGAAACGUUUGAGGUGAAGCAUUUGCAUACCAAAACAACGCCAAUGGCAAUGAUGACGACGACAACAACAACGAAAAAACCGACAACAACAGCGAAACCUUCGCCUAAAACAACAACAGCAACGACAACACCAGCGAAACCUUCAAAAACCACCGUUAAACCGUCAAUUAGCUCCACGACCCGGUCAACCCCAAGGACCACAUCAGCAGCAUCAACAACAACUCCCUCGCCAGCGACACUAACAACAACAACAGCAGCAACAACAACCGUUGGUGGUGUACAUGAUCUACUCAGCCUACUGGACAACAUGUUCGCCGAUGCACAUGAAAUUGUCUCCCCAAAUGCCUUUCCAGCCUCUGGGUCUCCGUCUACAUUGCAAUCGUUGUCCAGCACAAUGGUCCCCAUUAAUUAUGUGACCAGCACGAUGAGCACCAUACUGAAACCGGUGAGCAGCAGCACCAAAUUGUUGCCACAGCAACCUGAACCACGCAUUAAAAGCCAGGCGGCAAAUAGUAUAUUCAGCCUAGACGACGAAGAUGAUCAAGAUGAUGAUGAUGAUGAUGAUAAUGAUAAGAGGUCAAAGAUCAUAAGCAGUACUGAGCAGCCUCUACGUGCAACACGUCAGGUCUUUGACUAUGAUCAAUUACCCGAAUCGCGAAUCAAAGACAAGAAGGAUGGACUCACAGCAGCCGUUGAUUAUAUGGAUGAGCUGGAGGAGGCUGAAGAAAUGGGUGAAGCAGAUUUAGACACUGACAGUUUGUUGGAGGAUGGACAGGACGAUGAAGCGGAUGAAGAGGCGGACAAUGAUGAGAACGAGGAUGGGCAACAAGCCGAAGACAGUGAACAUAAUUUACUUAAACGCAUCGAUCAAUUUGUCGAUGAUGUAGAUGAUGGCGAUGAUGAUUUAGACGAUCUUAUCGAGAACCUUGAUGACGAACAAGACGAGGACGAAGAUGAAGAGGCAGAAGAAACACUGGAGAGACGACAUCAUCAGCAUUAGCAUAAGUUAUUAUAUUUUUCUUAUACUGCGCUCUAUACCAAAUCUAUCAGAAAA